CAACACUCUAUCACUGCAGCACAGGUGCAGGAAGCAAAAAACCAGCUCAACAUGUUUGCUGACAAGUUCAAGAAGAUCUAUGUUGAAGAACUCCCCAAAUGUCUUCAUUUUGUGUGCCCCUGGUUACAUGCAAUCACGCACCUAGCACGCAAGGUUGUCUGCAAGGGACUUUCCAGAUGCAUGUCCCAGUGGGCAACGAAGCAGACAAUUGGUCUUCUCAGAUGCAAGAUUUGCUCACAUACCCGUCCAUAUGCAAACUUUGCCUCAGCAAAAUGUAAAGACAACUUGAGAAGAACUUAUAGUUAUACUGGUGGUGUUGGUACUAGAUGUGCCAACAUGCACAUCUGA